GCUUAACCUGUUGUAGAAGUACUUAGAGCGAGUCAACGAUAGAGAGACGGAACAACACACCGAGUGAGGAGCCCAAACGGAGAAGAAGAGUGAGUGAGUGAGUGAGUGAGUGAGUGAGUGUGGGGAAAGAAUACGAUUUAGAAAAAUAACAGAAGGAGGCAAAGAGGGAAGAGGGAUAGAGACAGGGCGAGAGGUUUGGUGGAUUAGAGAGGAUUAAUGUCUGUAGUGGGUUGCUAGUAGAACUCAUGUCAGUCACCACUGGCUGCUGAUUCGGUUCAACAUCAGCGGACCGGAGGAAGGCGAGGACGAAGAGGAGUUAAAACAACAUGAGACAAGCAAUGGAGGACGGGGUCACUGAGAUGCUGUCCGACGUGGUGCAGGACGUCAGUCACGCGGUCAGCAGGAACAUCUAUGGUUCUCAGGUCCUGCAUGAACUGCUGAGCGCACCGUGGCUGCGCGCCCUGCUGAAGAUUUACGAGAGCCUGUUGCAGUUCGAGAGGUCGGCCCCAACACCCGUCCUGCCGUAUGCCUCAGGGCUCUCACUUGAGAUCCUGACCACAUUACAGAAUGUCCACCGUCCCUCCGCUGAGGCCAGAGAGCUCUACGGCCUCCUCAGCUCCCCACACGUCCAGGCCCUGCUGUCGUCUCACGACAGCGUGUCCCAGUCAGACUAUGGACCUGUUUUAGCGCCACUGCCCGAGGAGAUGCCCGAGGGCGAGGAGGCCAUGAGGAUCGUUUGUCUGGUGAAAAACAACCAGCCGCUGGGGGCGACGAUACGGAGGGACGAGGACACGGGGGAGAUCUACAUCGCCAGAGUGAUUCACGGAGGACUGGCUGACCGCAGCAGACUCCUCCAUCCUGGGGAUCUGUUGGUGGAGGUAAACGGAAACCCUGUGGUGGGUCUGGAGCCAGAGCAGAUCAUCCAGAUACUGAUAAAUUCCCAGGGAACGAUCCUGUUCAAAGUCAUUCCGGAAAAAGCCCAAAGCAGCAGCGGACAGAAAUCGGUAUACAUGAGGGCACUGGUGGACUACUCCCCCUUGCAGGACUCCUCCAUCCCUUGUCCCGACGCGGGCAUGGCCUUCAGCCGAGGGGACCUGCUGGAGGUGGUCGACCAGUCGGACGCACACUGGUGGCAGGCCAGGAAGCUCCCGUGCUCCACCUCCUGCGCCGGUCUGAUUCCCUCCGCCGGCAUGCUGAAGAGUAAACAGAGGGAACAGUGGUGGUGUCAGCCGCUACAGGUUCAUACCUGCAUCAGACCCCUGACUUACGAUGAGAACGAGAAAGAUCAAAUACAAUCUGAUGAGAAACGCACCGCAACAGAACUGGAACAAAUCUACUUUGAGAAGGCUGACUCUGAUAUUACGGAUGGGAUCUACCUGGCUGGUUUCCGCCAGAGUUUCCGUCUCUGGAGGAGGACGUCUUACAGGAGGAGACGGCAGUCCUGCACCUCCUGCGCCCCCAACACCAGUGCCUACUCCACCCCCUACGAGGAGGUGGCGUUGUACCAGCGCCCCCCGCAGGAGGACCACCGCCUCAUCGUCCUCCUCGGUGCCACAAGAGUUGGAGUGAAUGAACUGAGGAAAAGACUCAUCAAACUGAACCCUUCCACCUUCCAGGGACCCGUACCGCACACCACUCGCCCAAUCAGAGCAGGGGAGCAGACGGGACGAGAGUACCACUUUGUCAACAAAGAGCUGUUUGAGUACAUGGUUUGUAACCACAGGUUUGUGGAGUAUGGCGAGUAUAAGGGCCACCUGUAUGGGACCAGCACGGACGCUAUCGAUGAGGUCCUCAAACGGGGGCGGAUGUGCAUCCUCGACGUUGAACCACACAGCAUCCAGCCGCUGAGGACGGGUAAACUGAAGCCCUACGUGAUCUUCAUCAAAGCCCCCAGCCUGGACAGACUGAGACAAACGCGGAGGAACGCCCGGAUCAUCACCAACUGCUCCGUCAACAGGGCGUUCACGGAGGACGACUUUGUGGAGCUGCAGGAGUCGUCCCGGCUGAUGGAGGCCAAGUACAAGCAGUUUUUCGACGAGGUCCUGGUGAACGACGACCUGCAGCACGCCUGCGUGCAGCUGUGCUCCAUCCUCCAGCGGGCGCAGGACGAACCGCAGUGGAUACCUGUCAGCUGGGGCCGGGCGGAGGAGUGAGAGGGGAGAAGAAGCUGGAAGAGGGGCGCAAUGAUGGGGGAGCUUUAUUGUUCGUUUAGUAUUUAUUUUGUCCAAAUCAAUCCAAUAGCUUGGAAAUUUGAGUUGCAAAUAUUUCUCAGGUGGGAACUGUGAUAUGAAGCAUGUUCUUUAGAGCUCUGAUGACCUCUAGUGUCUCUUCCUCGAUGUUGGCAUGUAGCAGGCUCUGUGAGCAGCUACCAGCCAGCUUGAAUAAUACUGAAUAUUAACAAUAAACGA